UGUAGCCACCAUGAGUGAAGGGGAGAAAUAAAGAUUGAUAAUGGCAGGGCUUGUUUUCGGUGCGUCCGCGGACAUGUCGCCUUUCGUCGUGCGUUCUGAGCCGAAGAUACACCAGGUGCGCGCGUCGGACAGCGGAGAGGAUUAUUACUUGAAGGAGUGAAGCUUUUGUCGGCGCUACAAUCCCGUAACCCCCACCAGCACCACCAGCACCACCGCCUCCCCCAGAAUGGGCCGUGCGUCAGUGUAACCGAGGUAAAGUGACCUUUCAUUGCAGCGUCCUAUGGAAGAUUCGGCGGCUCUGCACAAUAACGACGUCAUGUUGACGCUGGAAACGCAGCCGCGUCGUGUCGUUGCGAAAACGGCGGCGACCGCGACCAACGGCGAUGCCUCCGCCGGGGAGACUCCAUCCUCCUCCUUGUGCUCGAUCAAUAACGGUGGCUCCCGCUUGCCCGCAAACUCGACGGCCUCUGCUCAUCAUCGUCACCACCACCACCACCACCACCACGGUGCCCAGCCGAAAAGACACCCGCCACCUUACCAUUUCCGAGUUCACCAUCUUUUCCAGGACGACAACAACGCUCAGGAUCCUGUCGUGAGAAAACACCUGCCUGCACUCCAGUACAAGGUGCACGACUCCGCCUUCUGCCGAGUUCUCAGCACCGACACCACCGCCGCCGCUCUGGCCGCCGCCGCCGCCGUCUGCUCCAGCAGCGUGGACGCCGACGUCUGGAAGUGUGGCUACCUGAGGAAACAAAAACACAACCACAAGAGGUUCUUCGUCCUGAGAGGUCCGAGCAACCUCGGGCCCAGUCGCCUGGAGUACUAUGACAGUGAGAAAAAAUUCAGAAAUGCGCUCAAAGCUGCUGCCUCAUCGACUGUCGGUGUUAUGUGCCCCCCUAAGAGGGUCAUCUACCUGUCCCAGUGUUUUACGGUCAACAAGAGGGCCGAUGCCAAGAACAAAUACCUCAUUGCUCUUUAUACUAAAGAUGAGUAUUUUGCUAUGGUCGCUGACAACGAGCAAGAGCAGGAGGAUUGGUACCUGGCUCUGACGGAACUGAUGACCGAGGGGAAAAAAGGGCAGCUGGACACUGACGAGCUGGAUGACGGCUAUGGGACGAUUUCACCUGGGACCAUAUUUAAGGAGGUAUGGCAGGUCAAUGUAAAACCUAAAGGUUUAGGGCAGACUAAGAAUUUAAUGGGGGUGUACCGAUUGUGCCUUUCUGCCAAAACGAUUCACUUGGUGAAGUUGAAUUCGGAGACCCCUGCUGUGAACCUGCCGUUAAUGAACAUCCGCCGCUGUGGCCAUUCAGAAAGCUUUUUCUUUAUCGAAGUAGGACGCUCUUCUAUUAUUGGUCCAGGUGAGAUCUGGGUGCAAGUAGAGGACUCCGUCGUGGCUCAGAACAUGCACGAGACCAUUUUGGAGACAAUGAAAGCACUCAAGGCCUUCCCUGAUUUUAGACCACGGAGCAAAAGCCAGUCCUCUGGAUCUAAUCCCAUUCCCUUUAUCACAACCCGCCGCCACAUGGGUAACCUCCCUCCCAGCCAAACAGGGCUGCAACGUGCCUCUAGGACUGAUUCAGUGACAGGAAAGAGUAAAGGAAGAACGGGACAACGCCACCGGACCUCCAGCGAAGGUGAGGGCACGCCAGAACGGCCUCUCAGCUCGGGCACGGGCAGCUUGGUUCACCUGAACACUCCUUGUAUGAACAUGGGCCGAGAGGAGAGCGGCGGGUGUUGUUCCCAUGUCUUAGCUGGCUCUGCCCAUCAUAUUCGCUCCGCCUCCCUUCCCGUUUCGCACCUUCUGUCUGCUACCAGUCCUGUUAGCGUUUCCAGCAGCAGUGGACAUGGUUCGGCUUCAGACACGCAUACACGACCCUCCAGCUCCUCUAUUUGUGGCUCCCCUAGCGAUGGAGGUUUCAACUCUUCUGAUGAAUUUUGUCCCAGCCCUUGUGACUUUAGAUAUUUCCGUCCAAGCAGCAGCACCCCUGAAUCACACGGCAACACUCCACCCAUUAGGGAGGAGUACAGACUAGUGGACUACAUGGCAAUGGAUUGGUAUAAAGACCCACAGGGUGGCACCAGAACUUUUGAAGAAGAGAGUAAUUAUAUGGAAAGGACUUUUUUCAAACUUACACAUUCCUCUAAGCCAAAAUCUGGUAAUGGUUUAGGUGUCAUGCAUCAGAAGGCUACGCAGACCUCAUCAUUAGAUGAAUCAAGCCCUGUGGAUUCAAAACGACACCCUGUCUGCUCCUGCUUUCAUAAAGCAGGAUACAAGUCUUACUCUGAGUUACAUCACCCAAACAGGCCUCCCUCGCUCAACUCAGACAGUCAAAAGAAACUACCUAAGGAUGAUGGUUACAUGCCUAUGAUGUACAACAUUGUCCCCUCUUCUAAUACAGAUUAUACCCCUAUGCAACCCAGAGCAAACCACCCAGCCACCUUGCAUCUUCACCCCUGCACUUCACAGCAGGUUGACGGGCAUGGGUAUAUGAUGAUGAUGCCUAGAGACAGCCCUUCUCCAGGAAUAACCAGUCCCUCCAGCAGAAGCCAGGCUGAGUAUGACGAAUACAUAGAUAUGUCCCAAAUCAGCACAGUCGAAGGCUAUGACCAGGACUCUCCUGAGCGUCCCAGAUCUCACAGCUCUUACUUCUCCCUUCCACGCUCCUACAAAACCCCUUCUCGAGAGGAUCGCAGAAAAACUGAGUAUGUUCUCGAGUCCCCAAUUGAACCUCCAAGCCCUCCCAGUCCAGGUGAGUACAUCCACAUGGAAUUUGGGGACAGGCCUUCUCAUGCUGCUUCCUCCCCGACAGCUGUGGACUCCCCCACCACACCAAGUUCACAACCUUGUUAUCAGCUCUGCUGCUCUUCACCGGACCCUGACUACAUGGACAACCUUUUAAUGAACCGGCCCCCCCGCCACUCACUUGUAGCGCCUUGGAACCCCCCGAACUACGCUCGUCCCUUAGGAUGCACUUACGGACUGGCUCAGACUAACUUCUGCCCUGAGAAGCUCCACAGCAGGUACGGAGAAGCUGAUAGUCCACCCAAAAUGAUACAUCAUACAUGUGUUUCUAAUAGGACCCCUAGUCCUCAAAUGGAGCCCAAGGUCAUCAGGGUGGACCCACAGGGCCGGAGGAGACACAGCUCAGAGACUUUCAUUCCAUCUCCUGGUGGCACUGCCAGUGGCUGCGGUGUCAGAGGUUCUGCCAUGCUCAAUCUUGUAGAAGGCUGCAGGUGGCAGAAUUCUGCCUCGUUUGACAGCGUGUGGUCUUACACGGAAGAGCAAGGAUCUCCUGACUCGGUUUUUCUCACUGCUAACUGUGCCACUGGAGGAAUUCGCUGCAACGCUUCAUCCAGCUACCUCAACUACAUUGCUCUGGACCUGAGGGACGUGUCGAGGACCACCCAUGAAGGCACACCUCCACACUCAGCCCAUGGCACCCUCGAAGAGAGCGAGGCCUGUGCUGGGAAAGAAUUCUCCAAUUCAGGAGGUCCCACCACUGCCUCGAAAGAGUGAUUAAAUCAUGUGCUGGAAGGACAUGGAACAUUGGGAAUCCAAUGACUCCAGAAUGCAGCAGAGAAAGUUGAAGAUGCCUCCUCCUCCUCCACAUCAGACCUCCAACUGCAAAGACUGAAACUACACAGCCUCUUUUGCUCCGCAUCUCCUACAUAACUGCCUCAGCCGGGUCUCAUUUG